CACGCCUGCGAACAAUGAUAGUGCGCCCAUCUCAUUGUCCUGCUAUGCCACACUUGUCCAACACAUAGUCUGCAGCACUCGUGUAGAUAGGAUCGGACACCUCUAUCAUGGAUAGUUAUAGCGAGAGUCGUCUCAAUUCAGACGACUUUGCACCUGCAAAGGGAAUCGUCGCUUCUUUUGAUGCGUUCCCUAAAACGAAGGCGACCUACCUGACCAAAGCCCGCAAUGGCAGCGCUCUCACCGUUCUUCUCCUCACAACAUGCGCCUACCUAAUGAUGACUGAGACUACACACUGGUGGGCGGGCGACACCACGCAUUCUUUCAGUGUCGAGAAAGGCGUUUCACAUACGCUGCAGAUGAACAUGGAUGUUGUAGUAGCAAUGAAGUGCAGCGAUCUCCACGUCAACGUACAGGAUGCCGCAGGUGACCGAAUACUAGCUGGAGAGACAUUAAAGAAAGACUCUACCCUAUGGUCUCAGUGGGGCCAGAGCCGCGAUACCCACAAGCUGGGAUAUGGGGCGCAGGACAAGCCGAAGCUGGAGAUGGAGGAGGACGUACAUGAUUAUUUACAUGCGGCGAACAGAAAGAAAAAGUUCUCUAGGACCCCGAGAUUCAGGGGCCCGCCUGAUGCGUGUAGAAUUUAUGGUAGUUUGGAGGGAAACAAAGUGCAGGGUGACUUUCAUAUCACGGCGCGAGGGCACGGGUAUAUGGAGUUUGGGGAACACUUAGAUCAUAAUGCAUUCAACUUCUCGCAUCACAUUAACGAACUCUCCUUCGGCCCAUUCUACCCGUCUCUCAUCAAUCCCUUGGACAAGACCUACGCAACGACCGAACUACACUUCUACAAGUUUCAAUACUAUCUUUCCAUCGUACCGACCAUUUAUACUACCGAAUCAAAGGCCCUCGGCUCGUCUACGCCACCUAGCAGUUCCAACUCUUGGGGCCGCUCAUCUAACACAGUCUGGACAAAUCAAUAUGCUGUCACGGAGCAAUCGCAUGUUGUAGGCGAAUCCACAGUCCCCGGAAUUUUCGUGAAGUACGAUAUCGAGCCUAUUACACUCACUAUUGCGGAGGAAUGGGGCGGGCUUCUUGCUCUUCUCGUACGCCUAGUGAACGUCAUAAGUGGUGUACUUGUUGCAGGACAAUGGUUCUAUCAGAUUGGUGACUGGGCUUAUGAGACAUGGCUGAAGAGAGGGCGUGGUCGAGCACAAAGCCAAGGUGUGCUUACGGGCCGCAAAAGCGGAGAGUACUCUAGUAAUGGGUAUAAGAGCAACGGUUACGUAGACUACUCCAGUCCUGGCCCGAGCCCAUACGGACAGCCACAGCCACAGCCACCACAACACACUCCUUCAUAUGGGUACGGGAUGCCGUUCAACGAGAAAAAGCGAUCUGAUUGAUCGUCUGCAAAAGACUGGCGCAUUAGUUCUGGAAUCUGUUGCAUCUAAGGAGUUCUCAGGGUUGUAUAUCAAGUUAAAUCUAUUGUGUUCUAAGCCUCAAAGCAGGCCUCUGC